AUAAGAAGAAUUUUAUGUGGAGAGGUUAUAUAGGUUAAAAAUAAAAUUGAACAUCGCAGGAUUAUUAAAAUUGUUAAAUAAAAUAGAAUGUGUGACGUUUUAUAUGUUUCUUCUGCUUGUAAUCAAGUUCCAACAUCUGCACAUUGGGGAAGAGGUAGUCUUAUAUGUUACGCCUCCAGUAAUGUCGUUUUUAUUUAUGAUAUUAACCAUGGAAGUGGAGGAAAAAUUGUCAACACCCUUUAUGGUCAUAAAAAACGGGUGAAUUCUGUACAGUGGAUUGCUGGGUCCAACCAUGAGUUGGAGUUAGUGUCAGGCUCUGCUGAUGGAACAGCAAUCGUAUGGACUUUUCGUGACAAUAAUUAUACCUCGUUUAUAUUGAAAGGCCACGAGAGUAAUGUAAAUGUCGUAGAAAGUAUGUAUACAAAGAAGUCUUCAACUCUUGUGGUAACUACUUCUGCUGACUCAACUAUAAGGAUAUGGCUCAGAGAAAACAAGAAAGAAGACUUUCGCCAAAUGCAAGUAAUAAAUUUGAAUUAUGGAGUAUCAUUAUCACUAAAGUUGUCGUAUUUGCCUGAUCAGGAGUUAAUUAUAUUAGCAGCAAGCUUAGAUGAUUCGAAUAUACAUUUGUAUGUAGAAGAUGAAGAAAAGUCAAAUGAUUUUCCAUUCAAACUUAGACACUGUCAGAAACUAGAAGGGCAUGAUAAUUGGAUGGAGAUUUAUUUAUGGUGUCUUGUGCCCAAGAUCAUUUUAUACGAUUAUGGAAAAUCUCACCAGAAGCAAGACAAAAGGAAAUAGAUGUAAAAUCCCAUAUAGAAAGCAUUGAGCAAUUUGAUUUUGUAAUGAAACGAAAAGAAUUAGUAACAUUAAAAGAGAAAUAUGUUAUAUCAUUGGAGUCUGUGCUUGGAGGACAUGAAGGAUGGGUGUAUUCAGUUAAUUGGCAUCCUCAAAAUAUGACUUUUCUUUCUUCUUCAAUAGACAAAUCAAUGAUUAUUUGGAAAUGGGAA